AUGCAGCAGCAUCAACAACAAUCCGAUAUCUUUGUCGCCCCGCUCCAGAUUCGCAAGUUCAGUCCCGACUCACCCUCUCGUCAGAACCACAUUCACAUGCACAAUGUCGAGCCCACCGCCGACCCUUCCGUCCCCGCCCGCGCUCGUUUCCAGAACUACCUACGAGCAGCAUAUCCAUUCCAGCCCGCCUCAUCGCCAUCUCCAUCCACCGUCACCUUACCUUUGAACUCGGGCGAUAUAAUCCUCAUCCACUCCGUACACACAAAUGGCUGGGCUGAUGGAACUCUGCUUGAGACGGGGGAGCGUGGCUGGCUGCCCACCAAUUAUUGCGAAGCGUAUGAUUACACAGCCAUGCGCCCACUCCUGCGCGCCCUGACUGAAUUCUGGGACAUCAUGAGAUGCAGCUCUGAUUCCAAUCUAGCCAUUUUUCAGAACAAGGAUUAUAUGCGCGGUCUCGUGGCAGGGGUGCGAUAUUUGCUCGAAAAGUGCGACUGCUUGACCAGGGACUCGAUAAAUGUCCGGAGGCACGAUGGCAUUCGGAGGACGCGCAAAGGCCUGCUUUCGGAUCUGUCCCUUCUUGUCAAAGCGGGAAAGCAGCUGCAAUCCAUGUCCCAGGAGAACGAGGCUCUUGUUGACGGCCUACUCGACGAGCUGCUUCUUCAGGCCUUCAAGAUCGUGACGCGCGCCGUCAAGUUCUUCGACAUCUGGGGUGAAGAGAUUGCCUUUGCUAGAAGCCUGUCCGGCCUCAACGACAUUGGACCAGAGUCGGGCAAGCUCAGCGCAACAACAACCGCCGAAGCGCGACGAGUUUCUGCCGCAGCCAGGCUGUCAUAUCAGGCGCCGCAAUCCCCCGGGCAACCCCACACGGAGAACAAACGCGCCUCCAUCACCCAUCGCAUGUCAUAUACCUCGAGACCGGAUCGAUCAGAGAAGCUACACCUUGCCUCCGAGCAAUUGAAUUCCUCCUACGACGCCUUUCUAGGCGUGCUUGCCUCGUUCUUGGGCUCGCACAUGCAAUCCCGCUCGUCUUCGGAGCUUCUACUCACCACCCAGCAGGCAGUCAAGUCGUGUCGCGCGCUUCUCUCAGUGGUGGAGCUUGUUAUUGACCGUGCCUUGGCGCACACCGACAGCCUCACCGACUCAAAAGAUUCCCUGUACGAUGCCAUAACGGAGCUUGUUCGGGCCGCGGAGCAAGUAUUUCGACCUCUUCAUUCACAAGACGACGAAUUGAUAUAUUUACCCGAAGAAGGAAGGCGCCUUGUUCACGCAGCCACCAACUGCGUUAGCGGAGCCGGCCGGUGCAUUGCCCGCACGCGGGCUGUUCUCGAAGAGAAGGGUGACUUUGAGAUCGAGCCCGGCCAGCUCGAACGGAGCAGUGGUUCCAGCAGCACACAGACUCCGGCACGCACAUCCUAUGAUCACUCCACUUCUAGCCUUGGCCAUAGACUUUCCGGCGCCAAAGAACCAAAGCACGAUCUGCCCUGGCUCAACAUCCCCGAGGAGGAAGAAUUAUCGCGCCAUCGAGGCGAGUCGCCCUCUACUAUCGCAUCUAGCGUCCCACCCACGCCCGCGGAUGACCACCCGACAGGCACCCUUCUACCAAGCACUUCCUCACAAACAACUUUACACUCUCCUAUUCAGCUUGACAGACCAGUCUCUAAUGAAUACGCCAUCCCAGUUGGCCAUUUACGACACAAGUCCUUGGUACGAGGCAUUAAUCAAAGUACCAGCAGCAGUGAGAGUGCUUCCGACUCAUCGCAUAAUACUAAUGACCCGAGUGAUAUGUCGACAGGCUCUACUGCUGGCACCUCCUACAAAGAUGGAAAUUCGGCGCAUUUCUCGUCUCAGGAAUCCUUGGUCCACUCCUCUAAUGCCGCGCCGGAAGAUGAAGGCGAGGCUGUGGUCCUCGAGAAGACAUAUGCUCACGAACUCAUGUACAACCGAGAUGGUCAACUCAUCGGUGGCACGCUCCACGCACUCGUGGAAAAGUUGACGGCACCCGAUUCAACGCCCGAUGCCCUUUUCGUGGCUACCGUCUAUUUGACGUUCCGUCUAUUUGCGAAACCCGAGGAUUUUGUCGCCGCUCUCAUUUGGCGGUUCAGGUACUCCGGUGAUGCAUCGAUGUCAGGCCCUGUCAGGCUCCGUGUGUACAACGUGCUCAAAGGAUGGUUGGAAUCUCACUGGCGUCAUGACUGCGAUGAUCAUGCUUUGCCAGCUAUCAUCGCUUUUGCGAGAGAAGACCUUGCUCCAGUCAUCCCAACGGCCAGCAGGAGACUGCUUGAGCUUGCUGAGACGGUUGGAUCCACUCACACACCUGCAGUGCCUCGAGUGCAGUCUGCUAUUGGCAAGACCAGCACCUCGUCGGCAGCUUACAUUAACCCCUCAGUACCUCUGCCCAAUCCAGUACUUUCCAAGAGCCAGUUGACGGCACUUCGCACCUGGAAGUCAGGUGGUGCCAGUGUUAGCAUCCACGACUUUGACCCGCUGGAGCUCGCACGCCAGAUCACGUUGAAGACGUCCCAGCUCUUCUGCUCUAUUUUGCCAGAGGAGCUCUUGGCUACCGAAUGGACCAAACAGUCGAGCUCGUUGGCGGUCAACGUCCGAGCCAUGUCGACCCUUUCGACCGACAUAUCCAAUCUGGUCUCGGAGUCAAUUCUACAGCUCGAGGAUCCUAAGAAACGAGCUCUACUCAUCAAGCAGUGGACCAAAAUUGCCAAGAGAUGCCUCGAUCUCAACAACUACGACUCAGUCUUUGCUAUUGUUUGCUCUCUUGACUCUACCAACAUCAAGCGCAUGCGUAAGACUUGGGAUCUGGUCUCGCAGAAGACCAAGACUACCAUCGAGGAGCUCAAGAAGGUCACCGACCACACUCGGAACUAUUCAGCUCUGCGACAAACUCUCCAGAAUCAAGUGCCUCCCUGUCUUCCCUUUAUUGGCAUGUAUCUCACGGAUCUGACCUUUGUCGAUCACGGCAACCCGGCCACUCGACAGCUCAACAACCAGAAUACUUCUGUGCAAGUCAUCAAUCUAGAUAAGCAUAUGAAGACAGCCCGGAUUAUCUCCGAUCUACAACGCUUCCAAAUUCCGUACCGCUUUCAGGAAGUGUCGGAGUUGCAGACUUGGAUGCAAGACCAGCUCAUCAAGGUCCGAAGCAAUGGCGAGAAGAACUAUCAGAACCACUAUAGGAGAAGUCUGAUUCUGGAGCCGAGAGAGGUCGCUGCGCCAGCCAAGCUGAGUCCAAAUCCCGAGGGUAGCGGCACAAGAGAGAAGUUUGACUUGUUGGCCUGGACCCAUCUGGGACGUGCCAAGUCGACCGCCUCGCCGAUACCACCACCUUCGCCGGUGGAAGCCACAUAG